UUUAACUCAAGAAAUGGGAGCACAAGCAAGCGCUUAAAGAUUUAAUGAUAGAGAAAUCAAUUAGCAAUAAUAAGAUUAUUAAAUAAAAAUACCAUCAUAGUAUAUAUUUUUUUGAAUAGAUAAAUGUAAAAUGAAGAUCACCAAUAAAUUUUGGAAGUUCAAUAUUUAAAUUAAGUAAAAUCAAAGCUCAUGUUUAUUAUAAGAUUUAUUUGAAGAAUCAACCCUUUUAAAAAUAAAAGUAAUAUAUUUUGAGGGCUUUAGUAUUAUUUCUGAUAAGAUUAAUAAUAUUACUGAUAGUCUUUAAUAUUUUUACAACUAAUUUUUUUGUAUUUCAAAUCUAUCCAAAUUUAAGUUUUGAAUUAUUUGGCACUAUAUAUAUAGUGCUAAUUAUUUUGAGCAGAUUUCCAAUCUUUUAAAAUGUAAUAAAUUCAAAUUGAAUAUUAUAAGACACCAAUAUCAUAUGCCAUAUUCAUUAUAACUUUGCUUUUAGAACCUUUUUUGUUGUUAUACUCAUACUUUCAUUUCAUCAUCAUAAGUAUUAUUAGAAUUUAAAUAAGAUUUCAACAUAAACUUUUAUAUUCUGUUUAUGCGAUUUUUAUGUGGCUUUUUCUCUAUUAUUAAUCUAAUAGUUUAUCUUUGUUUUUCAAAAGAAGCCAUCCAAUUAAAAAGUAUUUCCAAUAAUUAUCUAAGGUGCUUUAAUAUAUAAUGCAAUUGCUUCUUUUUUUAUUGGCAUAUUUGUGUAUGCAUAUAACGAUUUAUCAAUUAAUAUAACCUCAAUAGUUAUACUAUUAUCAUCAUUUUUUUUAAUGACUAUAUCAGGAUUAUUGAUAACCUUAGUGACAAAAUAAAUGUUUGAAGGAAGAGUAAAUUAUAUAAUUAUAGAGUGUAGUUCUCCGUUAAAAUAAAUUAAAUCUUUGGAAUUGUAAAUGUUUAUUAAUUUGGUCUUUACUUUCCAUGUAAUUUUUGA